AUGGCCAGACAAUGGGUUCUAAAGAGCCAAGAAGGCUUCGAGACCUCCCUGGAGUACCAGCAGGAUGUGAAGAUAUCAUCUCCCCGCGAAUUGGUCGAAGGGGUGGGAUCAUCUGUCCGUGUCUUCCGUCUAGAAGAUCGAGUACUCACGCACAUCGCCCCGAGACUCGUUGAAUCCCGUGGAGACGAUGCACUCGCGGGUGUCGCUGAUGUUCUAGUCUGCCUCGGUCAAGGAUCUGACGGCACGCUUCGCUCCCAUGGUGUUUUCUCCGAAGCGGGUCUUGUCCACGCGCCCAAGUCUCUCGACUGGCUUCCUGCCGCUACCUUGACUUGCACCUGGACUACCGCGUGGAAUGCUCUUUUUGGCUUAAAGGGCCAAGAAGCAGGACCGGGCUCGUGGGUGCUUGUUCAAGGUACCGGUGGGGUUAGUAUUGCAGCUCUGCAGCUCGCCGUCGCAGUGGGUGCGACUGUGAUCGCGACCACUUCGUCUGAGGAGAAAGCGGCUUGUAUGAAGUUGCUAGGUGCGACGCACGUUAUCAAUUACCGGACUAAUCCGAAGACCUGGGGUGAGGAUGCCCGAGGCUUGACCCCUGGUGGAAGAGGCGUGGAUUUCGUCAUUGAUAUUGGCGGCAAUGAAACACUUCCCAAGUCUUUGGCGGCGGUGCGGGUGGAUGGAAUUGUUCUAGUCAUUGGUCAAGUCGGGGAGUCUACCGUCGAUGCUGUGCCUAUGUUUGCUGCUCUGCUGCAUACGUGCAUUGUUCGCGGCAUUCUGGCUGGCAGUCGGCACCAGUUUCGGGAGUUGGUUCGCUUCAUUGAUGACCAUAAGAUUGUGCCGGCGGUUGACGAUAUGGUAUUUGAGCUGGCUGAGGUCAAGAGUGCAUACAGGCGUCUCAAGGAGAAGAAACACUUUGCUAAAGUUUUGAUCAAGAUUGAUUGA